AGUUCCCUUUCUAACAACUGUGAUAUAUCCAUACCAUAUAUGAAAAAACAAAUUUGCAGGUUCCAGUUGGUUCUUAUAAUCAAAAUUUCCCUUUUAUACUAAAGUUUUCCAUAUAAUCCAAUGUCCAAAUAAAUAAAUACAAUCUGUCAAGACCUAUAAUCCAAAGUCUUUAAUAUAAAUAAAUACCUUCUCUCUCAUUAUUAUCCAUCCACACCUUUCUUUCCUUGGGUGUAUUUUUACGAUGACCGCCAUCACCAUAGAAACUCUCAAAGAGCAGCAGCAGAUUAUCCAACAACAAAGCGAGUCAGCCGCGGAAUCAACUCAGCCGUUGCCCAGUCUGGAUGAAGUGGAGCAAAUUCUGGGCUAUGAGUUUAACAACAAACGGUUAUUAGAAGAAGCUUUCACGCAUGCUUCUUUAGGACUGGGUUUCUCCAAUGAGCGGUUAGAGUACGUGGGAGAUUCUGUCCUUAAUUUACUCUUCACCAAACAGCAGUUUUUUGAAUACCCUGAUUUGCCACCGGGGGCUUUGACUAGGCUACGAGCCGCCAAUGUCGAUACCGAAAAGUUGGCUCGUGCCGCCGUCAAACAUGGUUUGCAUCGCUAUUUGCGCCAUAAGAAACCUCUUCUCAAAGAACAAAUUCGACAAUUUUCUGAAGAAAUACAACGAUAUCCACUACAUUCUAAUGGACUAGUUGACGUGCCAAAAGCGUUGGCUGAUCUUGUGGAAUCCACCAUCGGUGCGGUUUUCAUUGACACCAAUUGAUCCAUUGAUGUUGUUUGGAAGUGCGUGCGAAUGGAAGACAUCCCAUAUGCAUAGUAAAUGUGCAAUCCUUGCAUCUGUAUGCAUACUCAAACGAUCUUACGUACAAGAAGCACCGCAUAAAGUGGGCUGUCAGGGGUUAAAAAAUGGAAAUCCAAGCUCAUUUGCUUGAUACGGAAGACUGCGAUACUGAAGCACAUCAAAGGCCCAAGGAAGCAUCAUCGACAACAAUUUUGUAGGAGAAACCACUACACAUAUGUUGAAAGAGAGAACAUCUGAAAGGUUUUGCAGCCGACACAUCUUCAGAAAUUCAGCACGCAAUGUGAAGAAUAGUAGAUUGAGGAUAGGACAGACCCAUUGCAAUUGCAAUAUUUAUCAUCCUUAAUAGUAAAACCAUGGUGGGAUCGUAAACAUAUUGAAACUUCUCCCAACAAUCACAUUGAAACUUGACAGUAUAAUAUUUGUUUUUGUUCAUCAUAACAAAAAAACAAUUACAUUUUACCUUAAAA